GUUGCUAUCGGUGUUGUUUUUGAAGCUAUGAUGGCGGCAGCGGGAUGCGGAUCAGCAACCGCGGCUGCCAUAGGAGGCCAAGUUGGUACUGCUGCACCCCGAGGUCGCUUCCCUGGUCGGCCUUGGUCGUCUCGCAGCCGCUUGCGUUCUGAGAAGCGAUGGCAACUCGACCGAUCAGGGGCAGAAGCUGACGAUGUGACUAAUGCUGGAGGCCCAAGGCCCACAAGCCUGGUUCUCUCGUUAAACGAGGACCAGUCUCACUUGCGCUUACUUGGGAUAGAGUCGAACCACAAGAGCUUAGCGGAGGCUGGGUACAGCUCAAGUGGGAGCGAAGAGGGAGAUGAUUUCACAGGAUUUGAAUCUGAUCGUAAAGGAUAUAAAGGCCCCAUACGGUCCAGACAUAAUCCCUCCAAAAGUGAUCCUGUCCAAACAAAAUCAAAAAGGAUACGAGAGAAGCCACCCCUUGUAGUCACCCCAAAGGAGACKGAUGAGUCUCCGACUCCUGAAGAAGAUGCACAAUCUUCACAAGAAAUCCACUGUGCAAUUCCUCCAGAUGCAGUGCCUUCCAAGGAUGGUAGGAAGGGUUCAAAAAACAAGCACUCAAACCCAGCAAAGGAGAGGCAUCCUGCGAAAAACGGGGCAGCUUUAACUCCAAGGAUUACCAUCAAGUUGGUGGCCAAGAAGACYGUGAGAAAGGAAAAGGGAGGGCGUCUAAAAUCUGUGGAGAAGCUGAAGGUAAAAGGAUUACAUUUUCAAUCAAAGGCUAAUGACGUCAAAGGUGACCAGAUCUCCAGUGCCCAUGUCAAAUUAAAGACAGAGACACAAGCAGAUGAGGCACAGCAUCUGAAUGGCACUGAGGAUGAGGGAGGUGGAGYAGCCAUACCGGCAAGGAGGCGUGGUAGAUCUGCCUCCAAGAUCACUGAACCCUGUGUUCAAAGGGGGGCCAAAGUUGGGGAUGUUGAUGACCAAAAAUCAGAGGGGGGUAGAACAUCAACAGGCAAACAGGACAUUGCACUGGAAAGUGGAAAUGCAGAGCCAAAAACUGACAUUAAGAAAUUCAAACGGAAAGAAAGAACCCCAGAGGUAAGCACUGAAGUCAAUAAACUGGUGAUCCGGAGAAGAAAUAGAACUACUAAUCCACCCUCCGAAUUACAUGAAGGCCUUGUAACAGAAUUAAAAAAACAGAGCAUUGACAAAGUAUGUCUGGCAGAGUCAUUGUUAGAGGUUUCAAGAAUAGAGGAAGCCAAACCACCAUCCAGAAAGAGUAGGCGUAAACAAGGCAAGGCACAUCAAGAAGAGAAGAUUGUCACAGAAAUCCAUGUUCCGUUAGCCACAGAACCUGAAAAGCCAAUUGUUGAAUCCAAUGACGGUCUGGCUUUUAAAAAUGAUGAUGACAUAAUCGGGAUUCCAAGUUUUAAGCUGAUUAAAAUCAGAAACCCCAAAUUGGAAGGCUCAUCUCGGUCUGACAGUAAGGGCUCCUCUCGUAAGAAGAAACGAAGCAAGUUUGUGUGGACACUUACAUUGGUUAAGGGGAAAAGAAAGGACACCCAAGUGCAAAGCUCUGGAAAUACUGUCAAAGGAACAGAGAAGCAGCAGAAUACCACUGAAUUAGACAAUGCCUCUCUUUUUGAACCCAGUGUGAUCAAGAGUGUUGAGAACCCUGAAGAGAAAGAGGCCACGAGUUGUACUACUUCCAGAGAUGCUGAGCACACACAUAAUGAGAAGUCUUCCAAGAAGAAGACUAAGCAGACUUCGUCUCUUGAGGAAAAGUCAUCUCUUCAUGUUGAAGUGGGACAGGUAACACAACCACAUCCAGAGGAGGCCACUCAAACUGACUGUGGUGAUACUGUGGCAAAGGUUGUUCCACCCCUUCAGAUAAAAAAGGUUCCUCCAACCGGGUAA